CAGUGGUGAGCUGAGCUGACAGCGUGUAUCUGUUUUGCACUGUAAUGAAUUGUCACCAAGGAAGGUUUAGUUAGGGAAAUUAUGAUUCUCUCUCAAGAAGCACACUGGACCUUCACUUCUUGCCCUUUUUAAGUGCCUUAUCAAUGCUGAGUCGCUCUGAUGAGAAGUGGUAUGAUGAGAUGGGAGAAGAUGAGAUGCAGUGAGGAGAUCUGAGGAGAGGAGAAAAGAUGAGACACGAUGAGAUAUAAUGGAAAGAGAUGAAUAAAGAUAAAGGGAUGACAUGACAUGAUGUGACAUGAUAUGACAUGGGACUGGAUGACAAUUUGAGAGUUUACAGAAGACAAUUCUGACCUCUGAAAAGGAGCUUGUUCUGGUCUUUAAGAGGGAACCAACUUGAAUUUUUACUACUGGUAUGUGCUGAUAUUGAAACUUUUUUCUGUAUUGUGUAUUGUACAUUUAUUUUGAGAUUUGAGAUUUGACCUUUAAAAGACUGAUGCUUGACAGAUUAUUUUCCCUAUCACUAUUGUAUCUCAUUUUUAACUCUGCAAUAUGAAAAAGUGAAAUUCUGUCGAUGGACAUUUUUAAGCCUUUAAUUGUGUAUUAAAAAUAUAGCUUUUUUAUUACUAAUUUAACUGCUUUCUCAGUCGACACAAUAAAAUUUGGAUUAAAGUCUUGAUUAAAAAAGGUCCAAGAGUGAUAUCAAAGUCUCUCACCUGAGGCUAAAAUGACUGAAUCUAUUUACAUUUGCAUAUGUUCAUUUGGCAGGUGGUUUUGUUCAAAGUAAUGUACGAAGGAUACACAGUCCAUGUGAACAUCCAUUAGAAGCCUUUGAGAAUAAGUGUUGCAAAUCUGAUAUAUAUAUAUAUAUUUCUUAAAAUGUCAAACUGUUGCUUGAAGUAUUGCCUAAAACAUUUUUCUCUCUCCUUCUCUGCUGAAAAUAAGCAAAGUGGAAAGACCAGAGAGAUCAGACCACAUUCAUAGCUGAGAUGGAUUCAGUGAGCGGUCCCAUCGAAGUGAAAAAUGAAACUUUCAUGCACUGCCAAUCCACCUCAGACCUCGGCAAUUUGUUCUUGCGUAUUGUCAUGAUCACUGAGAUGAUUGUGGGCCUGCCAAUAAACAUAGUAGCACUGUGGAUUUUCUGUUUCCGUGUGGAAGUGUGGAAACCCCACACUCUCUUCCUCCUUAACUUGCUUCUAGCCGAUUUCCUGCUCCUCAUCAGCGUGCCCUUCCGCAUUGAUGCCAUCCUCCGAGAGAACUACUGGGUGUUUGGACAGGUCUUCUGCCGCAUCAACCUCUUCAUGUUGGCUGUCAGUCGCUCUGCCAGUAUCGCAUUCAUGACAGCUGUGGCACUGUAUCGCUACUUCAAAGUGGUCCAUCCUCAUCACUGCAUCAGCCAUAUUACUUUGACUCAGUCAUGUUGGCUCGCAGGCCUGACGUGGACUGUUGUGAUUGCCCUUCGGAUUCCACUGGUGACCACCAACCUCCUCUACCAGGAUGGCAAUGUCUCUCUGUGUCGCAGCUUCAGCUCCUACAGUGUGAUCCCUUGGGGGGUAAAAGUCCACUAUGUGGCCUUCGUUGCAGAGUUCUUCCUGCCCUGGUUCAUGUUGCUGUUCUGCUCAGUUCGGAUCGCCUGCUAUCUGCACAAAAGAACGAUGGGCAGGCAUAAGAGGGUACUGAGGGCCAUCCGAGCAGUAGAGGUCAUCUGUUUGGUGUUCACUAUCUGCUUCUUACCAAGUAUCCUUACAGGUUUGGGUGGAGUGUUCAUCAAACAUUUCCACCCCAAAGACUGCAAGUCCUACAAUCUGAUCACCCAACUAUUCAUUGUCUCCAUUGGCUUCACCUAUCUCAACAGCACUUUGGACCCUAUCAUCUACACUUUUGCUAGCUCUGUGUUCCGUGAUGCCAUUGGGAGCUUCAUCCAGCGUUUGGGCUUUGUGAAGACGAAUGACAGAGUAGCCCAGCCCAGCUAAGGCAAUAACUGUUGAAAGGCACAAAUCAAAAAAUAUUAUAUAUCUUUUAAUGGUUAAACUUCCCCAAAAUCAGGUCUUAGGUCAAAUGUUUUGAGGAAGUUGCUGAACUGCUCUGAAAGCAGCCCAGACACAAAAUGAAGAUGCUGCUUAAAAUGUUUAAACUGCAAUGUGUUUUGUUUGUUUUAUACUUGAUUCCUUGAUAUCAAUGCUGCAGGGGAACACUAUGGAGACUAUGUGAUUUCUUUUCAUUAUCCAUUUGUUAACAGUUCUCAAAUGUGAGUGAGCUCAGUUUCAUUGUUAAGGAUAACAAAAGCUGUAUGGAUUUGUAUGUAACAUUUACACACACUGAACCCAGUAAACCUGUGUCCUGUG